UAGUCUCUAAGGUGCCACAAGUUCUCCUUUCCUUCCAUACAAGGACCUACAGCCAUGUGGCUUGUGGCGGCUUUUUGCAUGCUCUCCCCAGGGCUGGCUGGCCUAGGACCUUACAUGCCUUGGGGCUCUGGAGGAGGUUCCUUUCUCCAGUGCUAGGGAGGCUGCAGUGCCUGACCCUGGGGCGCGGAUCGCUCCGUUCAGAGUCUUGAUGCCAGUGGACGGUUAGAACCAGCUGUGCUUGAAGGAGCGAAGAACUUCCUCGACUGCUGGACCUAGAACAGAGCAAGAGGCCAGUCUUGCUGUGGAGCCCCCAGCGGCCCUGGGUGCAGCAUGCAGUGGUUAAUCAUUGAAACACAGACAGCCUUAGUUCUACUCUGAUUUUUAUCCAGCUUCCAGACAUUGGAGCUUGUUCUGCCUUUGUCUCGAGUAAAGCUCCCUCUCCCGUCAAAUCUUUCUGCCAUGUGGGAACUCGGACUGUGAUCCAUUCACCUCUUAACUUUCGCUGGUAAACUAAACAAUUGAUCCUCUGGCUCUCACCAGGCAGGGAAUUGUGCUACUGGCUCUCUUUGGAACCUUUCCAAGUGUUCUCAGCAUCCUUUUGGAAGGGCGGCCCCCAGAACUGGACACAGCAUCUAGUAACAGUCUCGCUAUGGCCGUCUGCAGAGAUGACACCGCCUGCCUCGUCCUGCUGAUAGUUACCAGUUAGAGAAUAUUUCAAUAAGUUUGAUGGAUUCGAGUCGGCAGGGCCUGAGGAAAUUCAUCCUAGGGUACAAAGGAACUAGCAGAUGCCAUCUCAGAACCAUUAGCAAUUAAUUAUCUUGGAGAACUUAGGGGAGGGGUGAGGUCCCAGAGGACUGGAGAAGGGCACACAGGUAAAAAAGGGGAACAAAGGGGACCCAGGGAAUUACAGACCAGUCAGCCUAACUUCAAUACCUGGAAAGAUACUGGAACAAACUAUUACACAAUCUGUUUGUGAGCACCUAGAGGAUAACAGGUUAUAAGGAACAGCCAGUGUGGAUUUGUCAAGAACCCACCUCAUCUUCUUCUUUGACAGGGUCACUGGCCUAAUGGAUGGGGGAAGCCGCAGACGUGAGGUCUUGAUUUUAGCAGGGCUUGUGACACAGUCCCGCAUGACAUUCUCAGAAGCAAACUGGGGAAGUUCGGGCGAGAUGGAAUUACUAGAAGAUGGGUGUCCAACUGGCUGAACAAUUGUCCUCAAUGAGGAGUUAGCGGCUCGCUGUCAAACUGGGACAGCGGAGCUAGUGCAGGCAUAGGUCCUGAGGCUGGUCCUAGUCACCAUUUUCGUCCCUGACUUGGGUAACGGAGUGGGGAGGGUGCUUAUAAAAUCCACAGCUGACACCAAGCUAGGAGGGGUUGCAAGCAUUUAGGAGGGCAGGAUUAGAGUUCAAAAUGACCCUGACAAAUUAAAGAAUUGGUCUAAAAUCAAUAAGAUUAAAUUAAAUAAAGACAAGUGCAAAGUACUACAUUUAGGAAGGAAAAAUCAAACGUGCAGCUACAAAACGGGGAAUAACUGGCCAAGUGAUAGCCCUGCUGAAAAGGGUCUGGGGUUACAGUGGAUCACAAAUUGAACAUGAGUCAACAAUAUGAUGCAGCUGCAAAAAAAGGCUAAUAUCUCCCUGGUGGUGUAUGAACAGGAGCGUCGUACGUAAGCCAGGGGAGGUCACUGUCCCGCUCUGCUCAGCACUGGUGAGGCCCCAGCUGGAGUGUCCAGUUCUGGGUGCGGCACACUAGGAAAAACGUGGACCAAUAGGAGGGAGUCCAGAAGAGAGCAACAAAAAAUUGAUCAAAGGUUUAGAAAGCCUGACCUAUGAGGAAAGGUUAAAACACCCGGCGUGUUUAGUCUUGACAAAAGAAACUGACUAAGGGGUGGGUACCUGAUAAGUUUCCAGUUAUGUGAAGGGCUGUUCGAAAGAGGAUUGUGAUCAGUUGUUCUCCAUGUCACUGAAGGCAGGACAAGAAGCAAUGGGCUUUGUCUGCAGCCAGGGAGAUUGAGGUUAGAUAUUAGGAAAACUUCUUAACUCUCAGGGUGGUUAAUCUGUGGAACAGGCAUCUGGAGAGGUUGUGGAAUCCCCAUCAUUGGAGGGUUUUAAGACCAGGUUGGACAAACACCUGCCAAGGAGGGUCCAGCUUUUCUUAGUCCUGCUUCAGUGUAGGGGGCUGGGCUCGGUGGCAUGUCGAUGCCAGGGUGGCCAGCCCUUCAUUUCUGUAACGCGGUGAUUCCUUGCUCAUAUAGCCAAGGAUCACGUUUGCCCUCCUAGCGACAGCCCUGUGCUGGGUGCUCCCAUUCAGCAGGUUUGUCAUGAGCCCAAGUCCUGAUCUGCGUCGCUGCUUUCCAAGGUGCUGUCCCCCAGCCUGGGAGUGCGGCCAGUCCUCCAGGUUCCUGAGUGUAGGUGGGUUAAAGGAAUGGGGCUGAGCCCACUUUACCGUGUGAUGCGAAUCACUCUGCAGAACUGACCCGUCAGCAGUUAUCACGCCAACAAUUUUUGUCCUCUGCAAAAUUAGAGCAACUGCUUUAUCCUCAGCCAUAUGAUACUGACAGCCUUUGGCCAAAACCAGACCCCUGCCUGACCCCUCUAGAAACCAGAUGUAUGUAAAGGGCAGGCCACCUCCCCGCUGCCCUCUUAUGGCCAGGGGUGGCUCUGCAGCACACGGCCUCGGUUUCCCCUUCGCAGGUUCCCAGGAAUGCUCCAUGGAGGCUUCCAUGCAAUACCAACCCCCUUCCUUGGGGACUGGUUCAUUAACAUAAAGCAAACCCAAAGCAGCUUUUCUAUGAUAUUGCCCAGGAUGAACAUCAGACUAAUUGGCCGAUAGUUACCCGGCUCAUCUCACUUAAGCUAAAAGGGGGGCACCGUCGGCUGCUCGGCACAGCGAUGGGAAGGAGCUGGGCUGGGCGCUCUUGGUUUGGACGGGGCUACCCAGCCUGGCCUGCGGCUCUGCAGAUCCCUGCGGCGGACGAGCCCCUCCGGAGUGCCCACCCCCCCCCGGGUCGUCCCUGCCUGGUGCCUGGGGAGCAGGGCAGGCCCUGACCCUCGCCCCCCGGCUCUGCCUCCCAUCCGUCCCCAGCGCGGGGAGCAGGCGCCAUGGCAACGGGUGCUGGCAGCGCGGGGGCAGCCCUGAGCCAGUGACGAGACGUCGGAGCUGGCACCUGGGCCCAGGCGAUGGGCAGCGGGCGUGCGGUGCCUGCCUGCAGCUGAGGGGCGCCCCGGCCCCCGGCCCAGCCACCAUGGCGAUGUCCCAGGGCACCUACACCUUUCUCACCUGCUUCGCCGGCUUCUGGCUCAUCUGGGGCCUCGUCGUGCUGCUCUGCUGCUUCUGCAGCUCCCUGCGGCGCCGUCUGAAGAGCCGGCAGGAGCAGCGGCUGCGGGAGCAGAACCUGCGUGCGCUGGAGAUGGAGCCGCUGCACUACGAGGGCUUCUCGGGCAGCCCCCCCGGCAUGGCCACAGCCAUCCCCCCCCGGCUGCGCCUGGAGCCGCGCCACCCCCCCGCCCCAGCCCCCCGGCCCUGGAGCUACAGGCACGAGUCGGACCUGUCCAAGCCCCCGUGCUACGAGGAGGCGCUGCUCAUGGCUGAGCCACCGCCGCCCUACAGCGAGGUGCUCAUGGACACGCGGGGGCUGUACCGCAAGAUCAACGCCCCAUUCCUGAGCCACGAGCGCCCCGAGAAACAGGAGCAGCCCCCCAGCUACAAGCCCCUCUUCCUGGACCGAGGCUACAGCUCAGCCCUGCACCUGCCCAGCUCUGCCAGCCAGGGCCCCGCCUGCCCUGCCCUCUACUUGGAGGCUGAGCAUGCCCAGCGCAUGUUCCCCAGCUGGAUGGACUCGGAGCUCAGUGGCAGGGACACGUAUGAACCUGGAGCCUGGCACCUCCCUGUCUCCAUGCCCUUGUUUGGCAGGACUACGGCAGUUUAGGGGCCUGCCGGGCAGAGCGCCACACUGGAGCCUGCAUGGACUGGGGCUGGAGCAGGGCCUGCCUGGGCUCAAGCUGCCCCCUCUCCUUGGGAGCCGGCCCUGGGCCCCACCUCAGGGCUAGUGCAAACCCUGCCUGGACAAUGUGAAGCGCUGCCUGCUGCGGCCAGUGUGUGAGGGGCUGGUCCCCAUCUCGCCCCGUGGGCCCCUGCAGGCGCCCUUGGUGCUGACUGGGGCUCCGAGCAGGCCCUGCACUUGGCUUUUUCCUAGUUUGUUUGUUACAGUUUGAGAAUAAAAGUUUGUGGCACCAGA